AUGGCGUCGUCUGAAGACGCUGUGCCUCCGGCCCCUCCUACAUCACUCGGACAGAAUGCUGCUCCGGCAACGGAACAAAAUGAGCCCGAGUUGCCCAAGCUCUCCGCUGAGGAUUUCAGGGUGUACAAUCGACUUGCUGUCAUGAUGGAUGCUUAUCACAAUCAUUUCCGAUAUACCUGGAACAUGCUGUACAAGACGUGCACGUCCGGAUCACGACCGGCAGGCAUGUCGAUUCGGAGUUUCAUCUCCCAGGGCCUGCACUUCUGCCACGGUUUGACCAUGCACCACACGAUCGAAGAGCAGCAUGUAUUCCCCGAUCUUGCAGAACGCAUGCCCGCGUUCGCACCGCACGAUCACCUCAUCACGCAGCACGAACAGAUCCACGAGGGUAUCGAAAAGUUAGAGGCGUACCUUGACGCUUGUCGGUCCGGGGAACGGGAGCUAAGAAUGCCCGAAUUGAAGGAGAUUAUGGAUUCGUUUGGUGAAGUGCUUUGGGCUCAUUUAGAUGAUGAAGUCCGUAUGCUGAGCGCUGAGAAUAUGAGGAAGUUCUGGUCCAAGGAGGAGAUUAUGUCGAUGCAUUGGUGA